AUGGGUAAAAAAAAAUCCAGAAGCAAUUCUGUAAAAAAUCAACCAAAGAAUGAACAACCUAUAGAUGAACGAGAAAAAGUGGAUGCCAUUCGUACGUACGACGAUGUUGCGGAUUCUGAAGACGAGUUUUACAAAUCACAAGACAAAAUUCUCUUUGAUGGCGGCUCAAAAAAGAACGCAGAUGAUGAUCAAAUGAGUCUUAGUGAUGAGGAAGUACUCGGUUUAGAAGGUUCUAGUGAUGAAGAGGCCGAGCAAGGUGUGGAAGGUGCUACUUCUGAUGAAGACGAAUUAACUGGCCAAAGGAAGGGACCGGCUGAUGAAGAGGAAGCUUUGGAUGAGAAGGGUUGGGGACGUUCUGCCAAAUCCUACUACGGAGGCGAUGAUUACGACAAUGAAAACUAUGACGAAGAUGAUGAAGAGUUUGACGCUCGUAUGGAGGAACAAGAAGCUCUUCGUCUUCAGAGGAAGCGUCUUGAAAAGUUGACUGAAGAAGAUGCUGUUGACGAUAUAAGUCAAUGGGCCGAUAAGUCAAAGGUUGAGUCUUCUCAAUUAGAAGACAGCAUAGCUGCGAUUGAACAGCUUGACCAAAAGAUUUCUCCAGAGAUGCCUCGGCCAGAGUUACUAAAGAUCCUACGUACCAAAAAUCCAGAGUUUGAGCUCUUCUUGGAAGAAUACAAGGAUUUGAAACCUUCGUACAAAGAAUUGAAAGAAAAAUUAGACACUGCACCUACUCCUCUCCUUCAAGCUCAGGUAAACGCUUUGGGAGCCUAUAUUGCUUUUCUUACAUUCUAUUUUGCUCUUCUGCGUGGUGGUGAAGAAGAUGUUAAAAAUCAUCCAAUUAUGACUGAUCUUGUUCGCUGUAAGCAAACUUGGGAGUCCUUCCGCGACCUUGAUGAUGUUCAAGUAUCCAAGCCUGAAUCUCCCGAGGAGCAAGCAACGAACGAUCAUUUGGAAGACUUAACACCCGAAGCGCCUGAGGAAGAUGAUAUUGCAUCUGAUAUGGGUGACUCUGCGGAGGAAUAUGAUGAUGAAGAGCAAAUAGAUAAUGAAGGGGAAGCUUCUUCCGCAAACGAGAAAAAUGAAGGUGAGGAAGACGAUAUCACAUCUAAAUUUCGAGAGGCAAAGGCUAAGGGUGUUCAAAAGCCAGUCAAUAAUGUCGACGACUAUGGUGAAGGUCUUAUGUUGGACUCAAUGGAUGCCGAGGAGAAAGCUGCGAAACGACGUUCUCUUAGGUUUUACGCCAACCAAAUCGACCAAAAAGCAGCUAAGCGAUCCAGAGCUCAAACAGACCUUUCUGGUGACGUUGAUGUUCCCUACAAGGAACGUCUUUAUGAGCGCCGCCAACGCUUAUUACGAGAGGCUGCGGCACGUGGACAAGAUCAGGCUCAAGGUGCUGAUUUGGAUGAAGAAGAUCCUGAAAAUGAAGGCGUGCUCGCUAAUAAGGAUCGAGAAGCCGAUUUCGCCGAUCAAGAUGCUUUAGAUUAUUAUAACUCUGUGUCAUCUCAAUCCAAGAGUGAGAAACGCAAAAGAAAAGAGGAACACGACUAUGACCGUGAUUUGGUACGGGCCUCAAGAUACCCUGAACUCUUUGAACUUGGUGAGGGAGAUAAACGUGGAAUUACUAGGGAUAUUGCCACAAAUCGAGGUCUUACUCCUCGUAGACCGAAAGAGAAUCGGAAUCCUCGUCUUAAGAAACGUAUGCGUUACGAGAAGGCGAAGAAGAAGCUUGGUAGCAAAAAGGCCAUUUUCAAAGGUCCUCCCAAGCAUGGCUAUGGUGGUGAAGAAACUGGUAUCAAGGCAGGCCUUGUUAAAAGUAUUAAAUUCCAAUAG